AUGACUCCGGCGGUGCCACUCGCCGCGGCCCAAUUCCUCCUCCUCCUCCUCUUUCUCCUCGGCGGGCUCUGGUCCGGGCCCGUCGCCUGCUGGCGGCCGUGGCCCAAUUCCAGGCCCAACUCGACAGACUCCCUGCUCGGCGGGUCCAAAAAGUACGAGGGCUCGUCGGAAUUCGUCGCAAUGAGGUAUCACAUGGGCCCCGUCCUCACCGGCAACAUCACCGUUUACCCCAUUUGGUACGGUGCGUGGCGGAGCCCCCAGAAGCGCAUCAUCCGCGAGUUCAUCGGCUCCAUCUCCGCCGCCGGUCGCCGGAGGCCGUCUGUCUCCGGCUGGUGGCGGACGGUCCGGCUCUACACGGACCAGACCGGCGCCAACGCUUCCGGAACCGUACGGAUCGGGUCGGAGAAGAACGACCGGUUCUACUCCCACGGGCGGCGUCUCACGCGCCUUUCCGUGCAGUCGGUCAUAAAAUCGGCGAUCUCCGCCUCCACGCGCCCCCUCCCGAUCAACCCCAAGGGCGGCGUCUACCUCCUGCUGACGUCGGACGACGUGUACGUCCAGGACUUCUGCGACAACGUGUGCGGCUUCCACUACUUCACCUUCCCGUCGAUCGUGGGGUACACGCUCCCGUACGCGUGGGUGGGGAACUCCGCAAAGCUGUGCCCCGGCGUGUGCGCGUACCCAUUCGCGGUGCCGGAGUACAUGCCGGGGGUGAAGGCCGUCUUACCGCCGAACGGCGACGUCGGGGUGGAUGGGAUGGUGAGCGUGAUCGCACACGAGGUGGCGGAACUGGCGACGAACCCGCUGGUGAACGCGUGGUACGCGGGUCAGGACCCGAGUUUUCCGGUGGAGAUAGCAGAUCUGUGCGAGGGGAUCUACGGGACGGGCGGGGGCGGGUCGUACACAGGGCAGAUGUUGAACGACAGGGAUGGUGCCACGUAUAACAUGAAGGGUAUCCGACGGAGGUUCUUGGUCCAGUGGGUGUGGAACCAUCUACUGAAUUACUGCACCGGACCUAAUGCGCUUGAUCAGUAA